AUGGCUUUUUCACGUCAACAACGAAGAAAACGACGAGGCUUUUAUGUGACCAGGGCAUGCACAAAUUGUCAAAAAAAGCAUACAAAAUGCUCUGGAGGAGUACAUUGUGAACGUUGUACGCUACGUAAUCUUGAAUGUACUUUUAUUAAUUCGGGAAAAAAGCGUGGGCCGAAGACGAAUGGUAAACUCCUAGAACAUGUCUAUGUUUUUAACGGUCCUGAAAAUGACUUUAAUGGAACAUCUACGCUAUCCUCCGUGAUCCUUAACGCUAUACAUGGUCACGCAUUAACUUUAUCUUCAUCUGGAUAUCCCGAUAAUAUUGAUGAGGUUACUCUUUAUUCUAAUUAUUAUGAAGACCCAAAUAUUCACUCUCUUUAA